AUGGACGCCCGGUUCGUGGCCAUUGCCACAGACGCUGCCAAACGAUACUCGGAGUCCUCAAAAACUAAUAUACAGCUCGACGACUACCUCACGCCCAAAAUCAAGACUGUCGACGAGCUCAUCAAGCAAGUCGAGCUUCAAAAUGCCCAGUUUGCAGAGUUUCGCGCCAAACGGCAUGCCGUCUUUGGUGCCAUGGCCGCGGCCAUGAAGCCCAUCGAGGUCAUUGGAGAGAUAGUUGCUGGGGCUGCCGAAGAGGUCUUCCCCCCAGCCCAAAACAUAUUUAGCGCCGUCGUCUAUCUCAUCAAGGCCGCAAAAGAUACCAGUGCCAUGUACGAUGGCAUCAUUGAACUGUUUGAGCAACUACAGGAUUUUACUUCCCGUUUAAACAUCUACAUUCAGCACAAACUGUCUGCGUCGCUCAAAGAAAAACUGACAAGCAUCCUGGCCACCUUGUUCCAGGUGUUGGUUAUUUCCACGCAAGAAGUUCGUCGUGGCAGAUUCAAGGCCUACUUCAAGCGACUUUUUGGUAUGGGCAGCCCUAUCAAGGAAGCCUUGGAAAAAUUGCAGUCUCUUACUGCUGGGGAAGAGAAAUUGGUCCUGGCCGAAACCUAUAGUGGUGUCUCACAGCUCCAUGACACAACCGAGAGGGUAGAGAACCUCGUCAAUCUUGUCAAUGAAAACGUUCGGAACCUCCGGCUCGACCAUCUUGGUCAAAUUGACCUCAUCCAAAGAGACAAGCUCAAAGCUGUGUUGGAGCCGUCGCCAUUUGCCGAGGACUUCUAUUCGGCCUUUACAAAAUCCAGGGUCGUAGGUACCGGCGACUGGAUUCUCAACGAUGAAACACUACAAUCUUGGAUCAAGGGCGAGAAACAGUACCUCUGGAUCUGCGGAAGUCCAGGAACUGGAAAGUCGUUCCUCACAGCACGCCUCAUUUCAUGGGGCAUCGAGAGCCUGGGAAAUAUGGCCUACUUCUUCUUCCGAGAGAACAAUCCCGAGACCAAAUCCGUUAUACAGGCAAUUCGAGAUGUUGCCUAUCAAAUGAGUGAAUGCGAUGCAUCCUAUGCCAAGGCUCUGAUGAGCAGCCUGCAGAGCUCCGAUGAGAUCAAAACUGUAGCGAGCGCCUUUCGUCGCUUGCUUGUACAGCCUCUUCAAAACCCAGAACGAACCACGCCGACAUAUAUUUUCCUAGACGGAAUCGACGAAGCGUAUCACGAAGAGAUCGAUCAGCUAUUGUUUCAGCUCGCACCUGCUGAGAACAUGGAUGACGAACCGGAUUCAAACAUUCGAGUCGCUCUUAUAGGGCGAUCAUACAUGACGGAAAAUGUCGCGAACAAGUUGGACCCCCAGGGAACUGGCAAUGUUUUCAGCACAAUACAGAUCACUACAGAUCGAAGCGCCCGCGACGUUGCUGCAUAUAUUGCCAAUGGAGUGGCGCAAUCUCGAAUAUUGGCCCGCACCUCUGCCGCCUUCAGAGACGAGGUCAUUCUGACAAUGGAACUACAGGUAGACGGCCUUUUCAUUCUCGCAAAGUUCAUGCUCGCCGAGGUAAAUCGCAAGCGCCACCCAAGAUCCAUCCAGAAGAGUCUGGAAACGUUUCCCAAAGAGAUCGACGGCAUGCUAUUGCGAACGCUUGAGAGUCUCUCCGAAGCAAUUUCCCAGGAGGAAGCGGAAGAUCUCAACGAAAUGCUGCGUUGGAUCGUCUGUGCAGAGGAGGCCUUGUCGUUGGAGCAACUUGAAGCCGUUCUCAUCUUACAAUUUGGGGACCCGCCAUUCCGCCUCGAAGAGACCCUACGAGGUCAAUACGGCUGCUUCUUUGAGCUGGAAAGAGAAGAUGGACUUACAACCGACGACCUCAUCAAAGACUUUGAGCGAAAGCAGCGUAUUGCCAGGAGGGACGCUAGCCCGGCAUCUAGGUCUAGUUCCGAUAGACGUCCCAGCCUGAGCGAAGCCAUCGGGAUCGGAACUGCUCUGAGCCCGAAAGGUCAUGCCGAAGCGAUGCGCCGGUUAAGCAUGUCCUCGGGCACGAGCUCUCCACACAGCCCCACGCGGAGCAUUGACUUGGCUGUUACUUCCAGUGAAAUGGAAUACCGAUCCAAGAAGUCUACUACUUCUGUGAGCUUCUUCCAUAGUACGGUUCGCGAAUUUUUCAGAAACUUUUCGACAAAUAUUGCCAAUGCCCCCUUCGAAUCAGCCAUCACUUUCAACAAUGUGGAAGCACGGCUGCACAUUGUGAAAACGUGUUUGCGAAUAUUCUCCAAUACCAAAUGGUUUGAAGGGUUCAAUCUCGGCCCAGGAAAAGCCGCCAUAAAGCAGUAUGCUGCAUGGUACUGGCAAGAGCACCUCGCCGCGUUGGACCCAAGUGCCGUCAGUAUCAGCGACAAGAAGGAACUGGGGCCGCAAAUUGUCGCCAUGCUUCUAGAUGAAGCGACCAUUGACUCAUGGACUCUUCUCUACCUGAAGAAUAACGAAGGUCUGGAGGUUUUGAAUGAGCAAAACUUCACCGAUAUAUUGCGCUGGUUUGUCGACCCCGAUGUCGUCGCGUGUUUGGCUGGCCCCGCGAAAGAAUUUGCCUUGUCACUGGCAAAAGAUCCGUCCAAGAUUACCGAGCCUAUUGGCCGUCGAUAUGCGGAAGCUUGGUUGUGUGCAGAUUUCGAAGGCUACAUUCCGACCGUCUUUUGCUUCGACAUUGUACAGAGCGCCGCGCUCAUGUCCUCUGGCGACAAGAGUUCCGGAACAGAUGAGCACUGGCUCGAAAGUUCCCUCGAUGACAGAAUUGCAAAAGCGUCCGCGUGGGCCGGUUAUCCCGAAACAGGAGUGUGGCACAGAAGAAUUGGAAGCACGUACUUGACCCUGGGAAGACAUGACGACGCCCUCGCGCAUUAUAACAAAGCACUGGAGAUGGACAACAACAAAUUAUUCACAUACGGAAGAAUCGCCUAUUGCCUGUCCAAAGAUGGACGUUACAGUGAAGCUCUCGACAUGGCGCUGGAAUGCGUGGUCCUCGAAGAGAAAGCAGCUGUUGAUGGUACAUUCACCGCAGAUGCAAGUCAACGCAGCAAAUGGAGGCUGUACAAGGACUACUAUCUCAUAGCACAAUGCUACUAUCACACAUUCCAAGUCGACGAGUCUCUGAAAUACUACCUCAAAGCCAUUGAAACUGCCACGGCUGUUAAGCUCAACCCGUCGGAACAGUUUCAAUCGGAAAUCGGUUACUUGGAAACUCUUUACAAUGAGAACAUGCACCCAGAAAUGAUGCAGCUCGUGGAGCAGCUGUCUCUGCAAAUCGCCAAGAAGACAAAGGGCGACUGUCGCUUGGUGGAAAUGUUCUUUGCGCAGGCCAACAAGCGCCUGGUUCUCGACUGGAUUCCAAAAGCCGCUGGCACAACAGGAAAGACGGAAAGCCUGCUGGAACUUUUGCGAAUGUCGAUGGAGACUGCGCACGACCUGCGCGAUCCAGUCAUCUUGUUGUACUUGCGUCUUGCCUAUGGAGCUGUGUGCACAUACGGCCAUUUAAUAGACCGCGCUACAGAAAUGUUUGAAACGAUUUCUCUUGUCGAGUACCGCCCGAGAGGAACCAUUACAAUUCGGCAAGCGCACGCCAUCUCCUUUCAACGUCUGGCGGCUUUGUACAAGAGGCAACUCUUGCACGCGGGGAUACACUCGGCUGCCUCUGCAGGAUUCGUUGCGCAACUGGAAGAAGUGCGCUGCCAGCAAGAUCUGCACCAAAGCACAGACACACCCAUGAAUGUCCGGGGCUCCGAUAUUAACAUGGCCGCAAUCUACCUUGGGCUUCAUCAGCGCCUUAUAGGAAAUACAAAAGCCGCGCAAAAAUUACUGAAGCCCUUGGUUCUGGAAAGUCUGGAUCUACUUGCUGAUUCAGAGCCCGAGAACGAUGUCUAUGCCUUGGACAACCUGCUCUGGCUUAUGACUGCAGCCGGGGAUGUCAACAGAGCCGUGGCUUUGGGCCAAUCGAUGCGCCGCGUCAAUCCCAAUGCGUCCAUGGUGACUACACAGAGCGAAUCUCCUAUUUUACAAAGACUGGAGCCCAAACUGCCGGAUAUUCAGUUAUCUGACCGGAGCUGUGCUCAGUGUCUGCAUAACAUCCCAAGCAGCGAUGACUUUUCCAUCUGCCUGUACUGUAUGGAGUGUUUCUGCAUGCGCUGCAUUAAGAGUGUAAUCAAAGUGUCCGGAAACGAAACAAGCGACAACCUCAGCAAGGUCGUCUGUCGCAGCGACCACGAAUGGUUUGUUGUGCCGCCACUGAACCGCACACUACACACGGGUGAGAUUUUGCAGGGUACGGACAUACACUUUUUCGGUGACUGGGAGGCGGCAUUGCGAAAGGAGUGGAUGGCGAAGGGUGUUUGA